AUGAGUGUGCUCAUGGGCGAACCCGCCAUCAGUGGUAUGUUUGAGUCUCUAAACAGAGACCAGCGACAUGCUGCUAUCAACAAGUUCCUACAAGGGGAACUUGCCGUCGAGCGACAGAAGAUAGCCUUGCUACAGCAGCAAGGCUCUCAUCAGUCGAUGGGCGGGUCGACGCAUGUGCGUCGGCCCGAAAACUUGAAGAUUGAUAUCUCAAGGUACAAGGGAACCGAUGAAGAUUCACUUUUGAGAUGGUUCGUCGAGUUAGACGAUGCCGUCAGGGCCCGUCACAUCGAGGGUGACAAGAUGCAAGUCACCUCCGCCCUGUCAAAUUUGACAGGACAAGAAAGACUUGGGCCUUAG